ACAACUUGAGGCCGUUUUCAGCGUUAAUUUGUUAAAAUCUUGGCAAAUUGGUAGGAUUAAACUUGUGCCGAAUUAACCUUUGGUAGUUCCCGUUUGCAUUGUACCCAUGGAUGGACCGACAACUAUCACUGGAUUACUUUGAUACUGAAGACAACUUCCAUUUGAGACAAUUCUCGGGCAAGUUCUGGAGUGAUAAGGAAGGAGCACCUCUUGCUGGGAUUUCUCUGAUGUUCACGGAUGCCAAAUCGUGACGGACGUCGGAUGUGUUGUCUCCACGGAGAGUACUCUGUAGGACCCAGCGGAAAAGUGCUCCAGCCGGAGGGAGACGGAGCGAGCGAGAGAGAGGGGGAGAGGAGACGCGCUCUCAGAUCAGUCCGUGGCUUCAUGGAGUUAUGUGCCUCUGAUCCGCCGCCAUGGAUUGCAAUCCGCGAUCACUCCUUUUCAUUUUACCUCUGUUGUUGUCCUGCGUUGCUCCUGCGUUCCCCGUCAUCUACCCCCCGAACGAAGUCAACCUGUUAGACUCGAAAGCAAGCCAGGGGGAGUUAGGAUGGAUUUCCUACCCAUCGCACGGGUGGAGGGAAAAUUGGGAAGAGAUCAGCGGGGUGGAUGAGCACUACACUCCGAUCAGGACCUUCCAGGUCUGCAACGUGAUGGAGUACAGCCAGAACAACUGGCUUCGCACCAACUGGAUCCCUCGCCAGUCCGCCCAGAAGAUCUACGUGGAGCUGAAGUUCACCCUGAGGGACUGCAACUCCAUCCCGUUGGUCCUGGGCACCUGCAAGGAGACGUUCAACCUCCUCUACCUGGAGGCGGACGACGACCAGGGCAGCCACUUCAGGGAGCACCAGUUCACCAAGAUCGACACCAUUGCCGCCGAUGAGAGCUUCACCCAAAUGGACCUCGGCGACCGCAUCCUGAAGCUGAACACUGAGGUGCGCGAAGUGGGUCCCAUGACCAGGAAGGGCUUCUACCUGGCGUUCCAGGACGUGGGCGCCUGCGUAGCUCUGGUUUCAGUGAGGGUUUACUUUAAGAAGUGCCCGUACACCGUGAGGAACCUGGCCUCCUUCCCUGACACGGUGCCCAUGGACUCCCAGUCGCUGGUGGAGGUCAAAGGCUCAUGUGUCAAUCACUCCAAAGAGGAGGAGCCGCCACGAAUGUACUGCAGCACAGAGGGGGAGUGGCUCGUGCCGAUUGGGAAGUGUCUGUGUAACGCCGGGUACGAGGAGCGAACCAACACCUGCCAAAUGUGCAGGGCAGGCUUCUACAAGUCUGCGCUCGGGAACACGGAGUGUUCCAAGUGUCCGCCUCACAGCCUCUCCCACCAUGAGGGGUCCUUGCACUGUGCCUGCGAGAAGAACUACUUCCGUGCCGACGGAGACCCCGCCUCCAUGGCCUGUACCCGUCCUCCUUCAGCUCCUCGAAACGUGAUCUCCUCCAUCAACGAGACCUCAGUUAUCCUGGACUGGAGCUGGCCAGAGGACACCGGCGGCCGCAGGGACCUCACCUUCACAGUUCUCUGCAAACGCUGCCGUGGCGUCGCUGCCAACGGCAGCAACGGCGGAACCCAGCGCUGUGAGCCGUGUCGGAGCAAUGUCCGCUUUCUGCCGAGAGCCGCGGGCCUCCACAACACCACGGUGACGGUGGGCGACCUGCUAGCUCACACCAACUACACAUUUGAGAUUGAGGCGCUCAACGGCGUGUCGCCGAUGGCCCCCAAGAUGAGGCAGUACGCCGCCGUCAUGAUCACCACCAACCAAGCUGCUCCUUCUCCGGUAACAGUGAUCAGGAAGGAGAAGACGUCUCGGAACAGCGUCUCCCUGUCCUGGCAGGGACCAGAAAGACCCAACGGCAUUAUCCUGGACUAUGAGAUCAAAUACUACGAAAAGGAGGAGCAGGAGACCAGCUACACCAUCCUCCGUGCUCGGGGUUGUAACGUGACUCUGAACAGUUUGAAGCCCAACACUGCCUACCUGCUGCAGAUCAGAGCUCGCACCGCUGCGGGAUAUGGAGCAAGCAGCCCCAGCUUCCAGUUCGAGACCAGCCCCGACUCAGCCUUCUCUAUCUCAAGCGAGAGCAGCCAGGUUGUUCUCAUCGCCAUCUCCUCUGCCGUGGCCAUCAUCCUGCUCACCGUGCUGCUCUACGUCCUGAUUGGCAGGUUUUGUUGCCACAGCAAAUCCAAACAUCCUGAUGAGAAAAGACUGCACUUUGGCAACGGCCACUUGCGUCUGCCGGGGAUCAGGACCUACGUGGACCCCCACACAUACGAGGACCCGAGCCAGGCUGUGCACGAGUUCGCCAAAGAGCUGGAAGCAUCCUGUAUCGCCAUUGACAAAGUUGUGGGAGCAGGCGAGUUUGGCGAGGUGUGCAGUGGUCGCCUGAAGCUGCCCAGCAAGAAGGAGAUCUGUGUGGCCAUCAAGACCCUGAAAGGAGGAUACACAGACAAGCAACGGCGGGACUUCCUCGCUGAGGCGUCGAUCAUGGGACAGUUUGACCACCCCAACAUCAUCAGGCUGGAGGGGGUGGUGACACGCAGUAAACCCGUGAUGAUUGUCACCGAAUACAUGGAGAAUGGAUCCCUGGACAGCUUCUUGAGAAAACACGAUGCCCAGUUCACAGGAAUCCAGUUGGUCGGCAUGCUGCGCGGCAUCGCCUCCGGCAUGAAGUACCUGUCGGACAUGGGCUACGUUCACCGAGACCUGGCGGCUCGAAACAUCCUGGUCAACAGCAACCUGGUGUGUAAAGUGUCAGACUUCGGACUGUCACGAGUGCUGGAGGACGACCCGGAGGCCGCGUACACCACCAGGGGAGGUAAGAUCCCUAUUCGGUGGACAGCACCAGAGGCCAUUGCCUACAGGAAGUUUACAUCAGCCAGCGACGCUUGGAGUUAUGGCAUUGUACUGUGGGAAGUGAUGUCAUAUGGGGAGCGGCCUUACUGGGAGAUGUCCAAUCAGGAUGUAAUAAAAGCUGUAGAUGAGGGUUACCGCCUCCCCCCGCCCAUGGACUGUCCGGCCACCCUCUACCAGCUGAUGUUGGACUGCUGGCAGAAGGAGAGGAACAACCGGCCCAAGUUUGAACAGAUAGUCAGCAUCCUGGAUAAACUCAUCCGCAACCCUGGCAGCCUCAAAAUCACAGCGAACACCACAUCCAGGCCGGCCAACUUGCUGUUGGACAGGAGCAGUUCAGAGGUUCCCUCGAUGGGGACGAUGGGUGACUGGAUGGAUGGAAUGAGGACCUUGCCCUGCAAGGAGGCCUUCUCUGGGGUCAGCUACAGCUCCUGCGACACCCUGGCCAAAACCUCCACAGAUAGAGUGGUCCUGACGGAGGUCCACGUCACACCCGCCACUUGCCCAGAAUGGGAGCCGUCCAUGGGGAUCACCACUCUCUAACGCCCUGCUCCUCUCCGCCUCCUCAGGCUCUGGAUGGGAUCUGAAAAAGGUCGGAGUGACUAUUGUAGGACCACAGAAGAAGAUCGUGAGCAGCCUCAAAGCCCUAGAUUCCCACACCAAGGAUGGCCCAGUACCUGUUUAGAAAGAAAAAAGAAAAGAAAAAGAACCUGUCUUUCCGUCUGUGUUGACAGACCGUGGUUGCUAAUCGCACUCUAACACAGUGGCUGCGUAUCCAAACUAGAAAACGGAUGGAAAUGGGGGGGGGGGGGGGGGAUGUAUAAUUCAGGUGAGGGCUUUGAUUGUUUUGUUGGAAGACGAAUUCAAGUCCUGACAGAAGGAAAACGGGAAGAGUUCAGUGCAGAUCUGCCAGCUAGUUAACUGGCCACCUCUUCAACCCUCCAUCCCUUCAUGCCCGAGUUGAGAUGCCUUACAGACUAAAUCAGAGGGAAGGGAGAGCAGGGGAGAGCCAACGAGGUCACAGAGACCCGGUCGGGGAUUUCGAACCGGGGACGGACUCGGAUGUGGGCCAAGGACGGGACGAACAUAAAAGCCGGAGCUCUUCAACAUUGGCCCAGCCGGGGAGCACGGCCUUCCCCUUCACAGCUCAAAGGGGUCCGGCAGUUCCUCACAGUCUCCUCCCACCAGCCUGUGGAACGAGGCGGUGAAAGCGGCGGCGGGGCCUCGUGUGGAGGAGCCCGGCGGACAGCAGCAGCUCCCCCGGAUGAGGACCCUCUCUGGACUGAUGAAGUCUGAGGCGUGAGGUUUACAUUUACUGUCUCUAUCCAUCAGAGAGCGGAGCCGGUAUCGACACACACCCGGACAAUAACCCAGCCAUUUCCCUCUGUAGCUCUCUAACCUAUAGCAUAUUUGCGUUCAGUAGACACGUCACAUAAAAAAAAAAAAAGCAAUAACAAUGAUAAUCAGUCAAACAGUCUCAUCGCGGAAGCCACGAGUCUGUCACCUCGUGUGUAAUGUAAUGAACGCUGUGCUUUUGACGGUACAGGGGCCAUGGCGCACUUCACACACGGACAUUUUUCCUUUACCGCGACCUCCAUGUUCUACGUGCCCACGAGCAGAUGCUGUACAGUUUUAGUGCCGUCCCCUCAACCGAAUGCCCUUCGCGUGAAAUCUCAGGAUGUGUACGUUGAUGUUUUUUUUGUUUUGUUCUAACUUCUCUAACAAGGAGGAACAGAGAGAGGGAGAUGGAGCGUAGCCAGGAAUUGAGAUUGCAGGUUUAGGAAGACGGGAGCGAGAAAAAAGCCAGAGGAGGAGAGAGAUGGGUGAUAGGAGGGGAAAGAGAACUUAACUGAGAUGAAGCAGUGUCCUCCGGACCCUCUGCCGCAGAUGCUAUUGUGUCCCGGAAGUGUUUUAAACCAGAAGUGAGUUUUUUCUUCUUCAGGUAAACCGCUUGACAUCGUCGACUCCACGCGGCGCGACACCAGGUAUGAAGGCCUUUCUCCUAAGAGGUGAGAUGUGCUCUCCGUCACUUUAGAUCGCGGGGGGAUCCGUCACUUACCGCUUCGGUCGGAAGUUUACUGUUGAGAAAGACUGUUCUAGUUUAAAAUGAGCUCUUGAUCCUCGAAUGUCGCUGUGUUAAAUGCGAAAACGUACAGUUCUACUUGUUAAAUCCGCGUGGGAGCUGUCGUUUACUUCUUUGAUCGGAAAUUUGCUGUAAAAAAAAAAGAAAGUGCUUUGUUCUAGUUUAAAUUAGCUCUUAAUCCAUAAAUCCUGGUGUGUUAAAUGCAAAAAAGAACCUAAAACAAAGUAGAGUGCCUCCUGUAGCUGUGUUCAGGGUUGGUUCACGAUGGGAUCACCGAGCGAAAAGGCUCCAGUUUGAAUUUGUUUUCAACAAAGUCUUGGUCUUUUUUUCUUUCUUUCUUUCUGCGUUCUCACUGGGGCAUCGGGGUUCACUGCAACACUUCCAGCAGAUCAUUUUGUUCCUGUCGUAUCCCACGUCAUAUGUCCAGGGUGGGAUUUCCUAAAGGCACCUUUGAGCUUGCAGACGACGUCUGUACGAUGAAGUGCAUACUUCAAAAAAUGCUAGUCUCCUGUUUUGAUGUCACCCAAUCAACACAUACCCAGUAUUUCUGGCACUUUGGUACUUGGUGCUGUUGAAUGGAUCAUAUAUAACCACGAGGACGCCUCUUUGAGCUUCCUCCAAGCACUUCGUACACAAUAUCUGAGCACUUUGAAUGGAAAUGUUACUGCCUUGGCCGCGGACUAAGCGUAUCUAACGGACGGGGGAGAUCUCGGUGCUUUUGGGAAACCCAGCCCUGGUCAGUGUGUCCGUCGGUCGUCUGUUCCUCGCUCUACCUGUGGAUGCUGCCGUUGCUGCUAUGUGUUUUCUCAACAGCAUGUACAUAAUGUAAACCAUCAUAAUGAUAGCAACUAGCACUACAGAUCCCACUAUAUGUACAUGGCCAUCCCUCUUUGUAAAAAUGUUUGUAUGUAUAAAAGAAUAAAUAAAAAAAAUUUGUGCAACAGUUUAAUUAAAAAAAGAGACAAAAAACCAUCUGUAUUAUAUUUUAUCUUAUUUUGAAUUAUAAUUGUCAGCUUUGUUUGUUUUGUUUUUUACAAAAAAGGCAAUUAUGAUUACACUAUUAUUUAUUUGUUAACAUUAUACAGCGCAAUGUUGGUGUCUUUUUCUUUGUAGCAUACAGUAAAUUAUGUGUCAGUGCUAUCUGUGUUUUGGUUUUUUUCGACUUACUUCAUAAACCUGGGACAUCUGAGAGAGCAAUAAUGUUGUAAUGCACCCUAUAUCCAGAUCCCCCAUUUUCUGUCUCAAGACUGACUCGCGUGUCUGUGUGAGAGUUUUACGUGUGCAAAUGUAGAUGGCCUUGUCUACUAAUGUAAAAUGAUUUGUAGUGGAAACAUUUAUAUUUUUAUAAUAAAUAUUCGCAAAAUA